AUGUCCGACCCUUCCGACGUCUGGCAGAACAACAGCGACUCGACUCCCACGGCUCCCGCCAACGACACCUACUCGGGUGGCGAGCGCGAGCAGCGUGAGCGCUCGCCCCGCCGCGAGGACCGCGAGCAGCGUGAGCGUUCGCCUCGCCGUGACCGCAGCCGCUCGCCGGCCCCGCGCAACGGCGGCGGUGACCGCGACGGACCCCCUCCCCGUCGCGGCGGCGGCGGUGGUGGUGGUGGCGGCGGCCCUGUCGACCCCGCCGAGCAGAACACCGGUAACAACCUCCACGUCUCGGGUCUGUCGCGCUCGAUCACCGACCGCCAGCUCGAGGACAUCUUCAGCAAGGCCGGCAAGAUCACCAAGGCCCAGAUCAUGUACGACCCCCACUCGCAGGAGUCGCGCGGCUUCGGCUUUGUCAUGUUUGAGACUAACGAGGAGGCCGAGAACGCCAUCACCACCUUCACCGGCACCACCGUCGAGGGCCGUGUCGUGACCGUCACCCACGCCAAGCGCUCGCGCGCCCGUACCCCCACCCCUGGUCGCUACCACGGUGUCAAGUUUGAGAACCGUGGCUUUGGCGGCCCCGGUGGUGGCGGUGGCGGCCGCUUCGGCGGUGGCUACGAGGACAGGCCCUACCAGCCCCGCUCGUACGACUCGCGCUACUCGGACCGCGGACCUCGCGGCCACGACGACCGCCGCGGUGGUGGUGGCUACGACGACCGUCGCGGUGGCGGCGGCUACGAUGACCGCCGUGGUGGUGGUGGCUACGACGACCGCCGCGGCGGCGGUGGCUACGACGACUACCGUCGCCCCCCUCCCCCCGAGGAGCGCCGCUACGACGACCGCCGUGACGACCGCCCUCGCUACGACGACCGUCCCCGCUACGACGAGCGUCCCCGCUACUAG